AGUUCGGAGGUUUUAAAAGAUCGAUUCGAACACGUGCCUUCGUCCUUUUGUCGACUCCUCGUCUAGAGUACGGACUCCUAUUCAAUUGUGCUACCUGAACUCUUUUGUUGGCAGCUAAUCGCCACAUUGGUGACCCGAACGUGAUCCAACCUCAAUCCAAUUUCAUCUGGACAUUCACGCCAUUAAUUUCAACGGUUUUUGUUCCAUCCGCAAAAUCGGAUUCACCGCAUAUUUUAUUUUGUGAUAUUUUUUGGAGCAACCACAUGGCCACAGAACAAAGGUCGAGUAACUUCCCGCACUUACGCUAGGUAAGCGUAUCAUUUUUUUUUCUCGCUCAUCGGAACUCUCUACUCGUACGCCCGGCUAUCGAACAAUUCGUGCGUUUCACAUUUAACCGAUUUUUUUUUGGGCUCUCAUCCUUUGUUCUGAAAAUCAGCAUGCCGCUCAGCGACCAGCCAGAAACAAUGGCCGUCAACGUAACUCGAGUCGCUGUUAAGCCUCCGCCGUUUUGGAAGCCGAAUCCGACGUUAUGGUUCGCGCAACUCGAGGCACAAUUUGCCAUCUCCGGGAUAUCCGCAGACUCCACAAAAUUCAACCACGUGAUUUCAGCAAUCGAGUCCGAGGUGCUCAACUCAGUUAGUGACUUAAUUCUACACCCACCGGCCAGCGAAAAAUACGAGGCCCUCAAAAAACGUCUCAUUGAGCUACACUCGGAAAGUCAAGAAUCAAAGAUUCGCACACUCCUGCAAGGCUUGGAGUUAGGAGACCAGCGCCCGUCACAACUGUUAAAUCGUAUGCGUGCUCUUGCCGGCGAGGCGGUUGGGGAACCUCUAUUAAAGUCCCUGUGGCUAUCAAGAUUACCAGCGAACACUCAAAGUAUUCUUGCCGCGCUAAGCGAGGACCUACCCCAACUAGCUACUAUAGCCGACAAAAUCUCGGACCUAACCAUCACGCAAAGUGUAAAUUCCACUUCGAGUCAACAGUUAACGCACCCUUCCUCGUUAAAAUUUCAAAUUGAGCAGCUUACCAAUCAAGUAGCAGAAUUAGCAGCCAUAGUGCAUCGUGAGCGACCACGUGAGAUGAAUAGUCGUCCAACGUUCCACCCCCGAAAACGUAGCCAGUCCCGAGACCGUUACCGCCGGUACAAAGAACCGAUGAACAAUCAAUGCUUUUACCACACCAACUUCGGAGAGAGAGCCAGGAAAUGCACACCUCCCUGCUCUUUUCAGCCGUCGGGAAACUAGCAGAGCGGCCGUCUGGGGCCAACAGUUGCGA